AUGUCGAAGAAAACUGUGGUGUCAGUGGAACUGAUGUGUCCAAAGUGCAGGAAAAAGGUGAUGAAGUUAAUUGCAACCGUAGAAGGGGUAGCUUCCAUUGUCCUCGACCCGUCAAAAAAUACGGUGACGGUAACUGGGGAAGCCGAUCCGGUAAAGAUUAUCAAGAAGGUGAGGAAAUUAAGAAAAAAUGCUGCGGUUGUGAGUAUCGGUCCUCCGCAGGCUGAGAAGAAGGAUGAGAAGAAGGAUGGGAAGAAGGACGAGAAGAAGGACAUUGUUCCAUACAACCCAACGCCAUGUCAAAGAUGUGAUGUUUGGUACGUGAUUCCUGAACAUGGUUACGGUUACUGUUCCGUAAUGUAA